CAAAAAAUAAAAGAAGAGAGAAAAUCUGGAGAAAAGAAGAACAUAUUUUAAUUUAACCUUACUUUUUACAUUUGUAAAUUUUACAUGUGCAUUUUUGCUAAUGUAAAUUGUAUUUUCUGUUGUUAAUAUAAUUAAAAGUUAAAUGGAUUACACAGUAGGAAGUUUAGCAGACCUUAUAUCUGGCCAAAAUACCGAAAAUAAGACCAAAGUUAAGAAAAUUAAAAUAAAAACGAAUGAAGGUAAAAAGAAAAACUUGGCAGUAACUGAAAAAGUAAAAAAUAAAAAUAAAGAAAAGCUCGAGGAAAACGUGCAAAUUAGUAAACCAAAAAAGCGUAAAAUAAAAGAUGUUUCAUCUAAACAUAUAAAAAAGCCUAAAACUGAUUUUAAUUCCCUAGCUGAUAGUGACGACGAAACUUCUGUUAAUCAAACUGAAAUUAAUUCAAAUGAACAAAAUGAAGAUGUGAAAAUAAAAAAGGAAAAAAUAGUGCCAACUCCAGAGGAAUUAGCAAGAACUAUAUACGUAGGUAAUGUACCAAUAGAUACACAGAAAAAGAAAAUGAAACAGAUUUUUAAGAAAUAUGGUCCUAUUGAGUCCGUAAGGUUUAGAGGUAUUCCUAUAGCUAAUCCAAAGAUACCGAAAAAGAUUGCCGUUAUCAAAAAAGACUUCCAUCCUGACCGAAACAGCGUUUAUUGUUAUAUAAGAUUUAUUAAUAAAGAAGAUGCCCAAGAAGCUUUAGUAGAAAAUGGAGUUUUGUUUCAAGAGCAUCAUCUGAGUGUCAGACCUUGCAGUAUUAAAAAAGAAACUCCAGAUGAAUCUAAGGCAAUAUUUAUCGGGAAUUUGAUUUUCAAUGCUGAAGAGGAAGAUCUAUGGAAAUUGUUUGAACCUUGUGGUCCAAUUUCACAUAUUAGAAUAAUACGUGAUACAUAUAGUGGUAUGGGCAAAGGUUUCGCUUAUGUUAACUUUAAAGAUUCUGAUGGAGUGCAACUAGCUCUAGAAAUGGAAAAUGUUAAACUAGGAAACAGAGAAUUAAGAAUUAAACCAUCAAGUGCUUCUUCUGCAAAGAAAAACAAAAAUAGGCCUAUAGAAAUAAAUGCUAAUCCACAAUGGAGAAAAAAACACCAUGGUAAACAAAAUGAACAUGAGAAUGGCAAUCAAAAAGGAAAUCCUAAUCCACAAUGGAGAAAAAAACCCCAUAAUAAACAAAAUAACCAUGAAAAUGGCAGUCGAAGAGUAGGUGCUAAUCCACAAUGGAGAAAUAAACAAUAUAAUAAACAAAAUGAACAUGAAAAUGGCAAUCAAACAGUAAAUGCUAAUCCACAAUGGAGAAAAAAACAAUAUAAUAAACAAAAUGAACAUGAAAAUGGCAAUCAAACAGUAAAUGCUAAUCCACAAUGGAGAAAAAAACAUACUAAGCAAAAUGAACAUGAGAAUGACAAUACCAAUGAAUAUAAAAGUAAAUCAGAGAAACCUAAUUAUACACAAAAUCAAAACUUCCAGGGAGCCAAAUUCAGUACCAAAAAGAAAAACAAAGUAAAUAAAGGGUUGCUGCAAAAGAAAAAAAAUGUUAAAAAAAUUGCUCCUAUUUCGAAAUAAUAAAAUGUCAUUUGAAAGAUAAUUUUUAAUUAAGUAAAUAAUAAAUGUUAUUUCU